GUCAAGUCGCAGGCUGCCGCGCGCACGCUCGGCUCACACAUCUCGAGCUUCUCGAUCAAACAGCAACUUGAUGCAUAUUCAGAGUUUUCAUCCUCGGUUGCUGACUAAAGGAGAGAGGUCCGCAGGCGUCCUUUUUAACAAUUUCCUCAAGUCGAGCUUCAGUCACUGUGGAGGGGAUAACAUCUCCAGGAAGGUCCCGGUUUGAAGAAGCUUGUUUAUUCAUAUGUUAUCUAGAAUAUAAGUCCCCUGCUUUCUUAUUUUCUCUUGGAUCAUCAACAAGAUGUUGCUUGAACACCCGGGGUCAAGCUGUCAAAAUACUGGGAAUUUCUCCCGCUACAGUUCGGGCCAAGGUAGGUUCAAAUUUUCUCUUUUUUUCCUUUUUAUUUGCUCUUAAAGUUUUCUUUUUUAAACAAUAUCCAGUGGUGCAAUAAUGACUUAUAAUUAGGCGUGAAAUAGAGGUUAUUGUAGCGAAUCAGCACAGCAGGACUCUGCGUCAAUUGUGAGCUGUGACAAGCGUGAAAUGGAGUUAAAGAGAUCUUAUGUUAACUGUUAAUCUUACUCUGAAAAGGGAGUCAAACCUUGUUGGGUUAUUUUAGGGUUCAGGUGCAUCUAAAUAGUCCGUCUGAGAAAAUAAAGAUCUCAAGAUGCAACAGUUGCAGAAACGCCUCCAUUAUUCAGCAGCCCAUGCUGGUGUCCACAGACUGUUUAGAGGCGCUUCUCCUGCGUUUGUUGCGUGCGGGAGACGUUAUGAAUGUGUAAUGAGCCUUUAUUGUUGGAGAAUCACUGAACAGAUGUUAUGCGCGUGCUGUCAUUUCACACCGCCGCCCGCAGUUGUAACGGGAGCAGAUACGGAGAGAGAGAGAGCAGCACAGUGUGGGUCCCUCUCAUUGCGUGUGUGUGUGUGCAUGACAGACUGCCAGCAGGCUCUGAGCUUCUCCCACCCGCUGUCCACCGACUCAAAAAUGCUCAACAGGUGUCACAUUCCUGCCCCCUGACAGGUGGGACACCUGAGGGUGAAGUGGAGACGGUGAUGAUUGGUUGAUCACGCGUGCGUAAAAGUUUGGCCUGAUACGGUUUCGUGUUUUUAAGAUCACAUCUUUGUUUGUUUUUAGGCUUCAUGGAGUAUCAAAUAAAAUUCACAACACUCAAAGCAGGCCUUUUUUAAAGACACUAAUUGGUGCGUAAAACGGCGAGAAAACGAAUCCACUAUCUCUAAAUUCCUUUGACCCACUGUCCAUCUCUCUGAUGGUCAUUUUAUCGCUGUUAUCGCAUCACUGCCGGGAUCAACCCCCUCAAAAGUGAGCGAUCAAUAUGCCAUAAAAAUCAUAACAAAGCUGAAAGGCAAAGGGGCGCCCAUGAACCCCACAGCUUUCUCCAAAAAGAAGAAGAAAAAAAAAUCUUUCAUAUACUUGAGGAAAUCCACGCAAAUAGGACAUUGAUUUUAGAUUCAUCAGCGGCGCGCGCGGCUGUGGCACUCCCCGUGAUUUCCCCAGGCGCUCUUUUGUGCCAAAGAUCAGUGUCAAUAAAAUUCAUUGGGGUGUUGGCCCGAUCAACAUGUUAUUGAACAGCCAAUCUCUCCCCUAAAUAAACACUUGUCUUUGAGCGCUCAACACACCAGAUCAGGACGGUGUUUAUGUACACCGCAUUAGAAAAAAAAAACCUGUACUGAAAAGAAGACGAGGCCUAAAGCGAGUUUAUCAAACUGCGUAAAAGACAUUUUUGUUUUUUAGUGUUUUUUUUUUUUACCUUACGGCAGGUAUUUCUUAAACUUGGAUAUUUAUUGCAUCUAUUCUCGAAACUAUAGAUAUUCAGCUAUAUCAGAAAAAAAUGAUAGAUACCAUUACUAGUUUGAUUAUCAGAUAUUUAACGCUCUUUAUGCUGAUGGAAAAUACAUUUAUUUAGGGAAAAAAAAGGUAAAAUUGUGGAGUAAGCCAUCGGGGCCAAUCUUUUCAUUACGCAUGGGAGCAAUGGCAUGUAAAUUAUAGAUUAGAUUAGAUCAGAUUGAACUUUAUUGUCAUUGAACACUGUACAAGUACAGGAACAACGAAAUGCAGUUUAGCAUCUAACCAGAAGUGCAAGGUCUGUACAUAUGGGCAGUGCAGGUAUGAACUGAAUAUACUAUAUAGUGCCAUGAAUUUGCUAAAAAUAUAUACACGGUGUUGGUUACUGCAGGUAUGAAUAGGCUAUACAACAAAAAAUAGAGAUCUAAUUAUGUAUAUUAUCUCUAUGUACAGUAUACAGAUUAGUGCAGGUGUGAAAAAGAGAAGACGGGACAGAGUGGCCUUUGAAAAUUCUCGCGAGAUAAGUCGAUUUACAUUAUAAAUCAACGAUAUUAGUUGUUGUUUUUUUACUUUGUUUGUUUUGUUUAUAAAUUAUCAUAUUUUAUUUUUUUUAAGAAAUACCUUUUUUUUAUGAGGCAUUUUUGCCUAAUUUUAGUGCUUAUUAAACCAGCUCCUAUUAUGGUAUUUUUUUAACAUUUCAUCCAGUAAUUUUAACAAAAAAAAACACUGUUUUGCUGUGUUAAUAGUAGGUACUGCUUCCUAACUCGAGAGCAAUUUUGAACACACAAUUGCAUCAAACCUCUUUGCCAACUGUUACAGUAUGAGCACCUGACCUUUUUUCCAAGUGUUAAAAUAAGCUGAAAAUAAACUAAAACAUUCCUUUCGUUUCGUUCAUUGCAAGAAAAUCAAAUAGAGAAAAGAAACUUGAAAAUUAAGUAAAUGUAUAUUAAAGAAAAUAUCAUUUUAGGGGGAAAUAUCGCGGCACAACCUCAAGCAAAUCGACUGAUAUGGAUUUUUGGUGAUAAUCUGAUAGUGUGGCUGGCCUCUGAGUGUAACAUUUGGAUCAUACCAAACUCAAACCCUCUCUCAUUGGCCUCCUCCUCCUCUCUCAGCCCUUGUCCAUCUUCUUCCGGGUUCGGUCGCCGCUCCGUAGGUGAUGUUAAUCUAUCUCACCGUCGCCCAGGAAACGGCGCAGCGUAAUCCCGUCUAGGCUUCAACAGGCAGCACACACCAAACUCCAGCUCCACAGCACACGCGUUUAGAGCUCGUGCUACAGAAAAAAAAUUCGACAAAAGCAAAACAUAGGUUUACGCUCGUGUUAAAGUGAGGAAGCUAAACCAGGUUUGCAUGAAUGUGAGCGGACAUCAUGAGCGAUGGAUGGACAGGGUGAGCGAAACUCUCCGAAGGAGGCUCCCAAAAACACCGAGAUGCUGCUGGCGCUGCUGUCGCACAGUGAGGAGCUAAGGAAAGGUAACCUAAAGCCCUGUAGCUACUUUUGGAUGUAUUCGUUUGAAUAUAAUUCCACUGCGUAAAUUCCUGUUUGUCAUAAAUUUGACGCUGAUUUAACGAGUCUGUGUUUGGCUGUGGGAUCAUCAUUGAAGCUGUGCGAUCAUUUUAGGAGCUGUGCUGAUAUAUGGAUGAUUGAAAGUCGUGUGCGCGUGGCACAUUUCACAGCUGUUGAACUGGACAACACGUGCUGUUCCUGUCGCUCCACAUCUCUGUAAUAAUGCAACCUUUACGCAUCAGGCUUUUACGCAUUUGAUCCAGUCUGCCUGGAUUAUUAGUAUUAUUUUUACGCAUCAGGCCUUUACGCAUUUGAUCCAUAGCCUGUUUGGAUUAUUAGUGUUAUUUUUCAUUUAUUUUUCAUAAUGCAUCAUUUAAGCAUCAGACUUGGAGCAUUUGAUCUAUAGCCUGUUUGGAUUAUUAGUAUUAUUUUUAAUUUAUUUUUAUGAAUGCAUCUUUUAUGCAUCAGGCCUUUACGCAUUUGAUCUAACCUGACUGGAUUAUUAGUAUUAUUUUAAUUGGAGCAUUUUAUCUAAAGUCUGUCUGGAUUAUUGUUAAUUGAAUAUUUCCUGCAUCGUUUUGCUAAAUAAAUCGGUUGUAGCUCGUCUCCUCUUAUUCUAAAUUGAGAUUUUGUUGGAAAUGUAGUUUUGUAGUGGCGUUCAUGUGUCCACGUUACAGUCACACCUAUAUACCGUCUAUGUUGGAGGCUCGUUUUUAAGGAUUCGCAGGCUUUUAUAUUAUAUUCACAGUUUUCCAAUUGUUGACCACAAUGUGCAGCAAACAGCUCGGACACCUCCCCCCGGUUUGUACCGUGAGACUAAUAGUCCCCCCCUCAGCUCUCUCUACUUUAGCAGAGCGCGUUGAAUAAAAGAUGACCUGUAUACACCUGUUCCUGACGUGGAGGGGCCCACCACACUUGUGCCGGUGAUGCAAGUCGAAAACGUUCAUGAAACUUUCAUGAAUGUCCACAGCAGAACAAAAGGAACGCGAGUCCUUGCACGGAUGGAAUAUGAAGUGGUUGAGCCUCUUUUAAUUAGUAAUAAAGAGGCCUGAUAGCUUCUUACCUGACGUUUGAGUUGUCCUCAUUUGUACUUUGGUUUGUCUUUUUGUUGUUAUUUUGCAUAGAUCGUUGUUAAUUUGGGGGACAUUUUACUUCACAUGAGCGUUUAGGAUGGGAUGUAAUGUAGUACAGGCCGUUCAUUCAGAAUAAUAAUAAAAACGUUGAUUAUUGCUUUUUUUUAAAUUAGUGGUUGUGUAUUAAUCCACCUAUCAUCAUACAGGCUCCAAUGAAUCCCUAAAAUGUUGCUUUAGAUUAAUUCCCUUCAGAAAAUUUUAGAUUUUUUAGCGUAUUUAUUUUGUCAGUUUUAUCUUUAAUUAAGAGCAUUGUCGAUUUACAUCUUGAAUUUUUACGAUAACUGUUGUUUUAACGUUGCAACCAUUUUUUUUUUUACCGUUUUUCCUAGUAAUUAUUGUAGCCUAAUCCACCACCAGGUUCAAGAAAAUUACAUUAAAACUUUAUUUAAUAUGCUAAUAUUUUAGGAAUUUUAGGGGUUUUUUUUAGGUGUUUGAAGUUCUGCUUUCUGCAGCACAGAAAAAAAAACGAGAAGACACCGAAAUAUAAAAUAUUUUUUUAUGCAGUAGGCCCAUUUGAGUAUGGCAUUCGGUGACAAGGUGACUCAGUUUAGAGUAGGUGAUUAUAUUUUUUCGGAUGCAUUAAACCAAGGGCAGGUAAAAUCCUAAAACUGAAAAUAUCCCGAUUUAAUUUGAUGAUCAUUUAAUUGGCCUGAGGUUAUAAUGAGGGGAGUCUCUGUUAUAAAUCAGAGAUAGUAAAAUGAAGAGUCCUCACUCCUUUCUUUUUAAACGUGACACAACUCUCAUUUCUUUUCCUAGUAUUUUUUUUAAUUCUUUUAUUUUUACAUUUUACAUGUUAUGUUUAUACAGAUAAUAUAAUAAUAUAAUACAGAUAACAUUAUUUUGUUGUAGUACAAAAAGCAAAGGAAGGACGUUUUAGUUUUUGUUUAGGCCUACUUAUAUCGUGUUACAUUAAGACUUAAGUGGUUUGCUCUUGAAUAUAGCCAUGAAACAAAAUAGAGAUGGUAAGUUAAAGAUAGCAGUGUUAUCUUAUGAAUAGGGUAGCUUCACACUUUAUUUGUUUAUCCAUUUUAAUACUCAAAAUGAACGACGCUAUUUGGAUACAGAAAAAAGAAAUAGUAAGAUAUGGGCCUGAGUGAAACACGUUACUCUGUCUGUCAUUUCAGUGCAACAAUAAUAGUUUCUGUGUGCGUCAGGAGAGGUUUUGGCACAUAUGCUUUACGCACCAUAAGCAGUUUCUAUUGUUUGUCGAUCUGACCGAUCUGCUUCCCUGUGUCUCCAGCAGAAAUCCCGGUGUGUGCGGGCUGCAAUCAGCACAUCGUGGACCGUUUCAUCCUCAAAGUGUUGGACCGGCACUGGCACAGCAAAUGUCUGAAGUGCAGCGACUGUCAGGCUCAGCUGGCCGAGAAAUGCUUCAGCAGAGGAGACAGCGUCUACUGCAAGGACGACUUCUUUAAGUGAGCAGCCUCCACGUGGCAUUUGAGAAAAUCCGUCUCUAAAAUAAGUGGUGUUUCCAUAAGACUGAGAGAGUCAUUGCGUAUUGAUGAAACUGUCUUAUUCCCCAAAAGGAGAUUCGGGACCAAGUGUGCCGCGUGUCAGCAGGGGAUCCCGCCCACGCAGGUGGUGAGGAGGGCGCAGGACUUCGUCUAUCACCUGCACUGCUUCGCCUGCAUCGUGUGUAAAAGGCAGCUGGCCACAGGAGACGAGUAUUAUCUGAUGGAGGACAGCAGGCUGGUGUGUAAAGCAGACUACGAGACCGCCAAACAGAGAGGUGAGAGAGCGACAAGAGAGUCACCAAACAUUUUUUGUAGUUGUUUAUAAAUGGUGGAGUACAUUUCAGCUCUUAUUUUGUAAAAUAUGAGGCGUUGUCUUUAGACUUGUUUUUAAGUAGGGGCUUUUAUUUUGACGUGACAAUGAGGUCACUCGUAAACUCUGACCCACCUUGCGCUAAUUGCGUCGUUUCCCGCAAACCAAUCGAUAACAAAGUGCGUAAAGUGCACGUUCACUCUGCUGCUACAUAAUACAGCACGUGCAGAGACACAGGGUGAGGGAGGGAAAAAAAGGACUGUGUAGGUCACUAUGUACUCAUUAUUAACCUAUAUUGAAAACACAGUUAUGCUAUGUGAUGUGUUCUUUACUAUUAUACCUGCAGGAGCUGUUUGAAUAUGACACCUUUUUAAAGAAACCACAUGUUUAUAAUGAUUUACACUCUAGGUUUUGAUUUUAAUCAUGUAUAUUAUAGGCAGAAAGGGAAUCCAAGCUUAAAAUGAGGAGACCUUUAAAUGUUCCUUAUUAAUUUGCAUUGACAAAACUUACACAGACUGCUGCUUUUCUAAUGGAAAUACUGCAUAUUAUUUGAUUGAAUUAAUUGUAGGAGAAAAUUAAAAAUGUCAUGGCAGAAAUAAACUAUUCAAAGAUCUAACUUUAGUAUCUUAAAAGUACAGACGAGAAGCAAUAAGUGUGUGUUAUUUUUCAAAGAGGUAGGUUUUAAAACAGUGGUUCUCAACUGGUCUCAGUCUGGGACCCACAUUUUCCCAUGGUCCUUAAGUUGUGAUCCACUUUUAUAAAAUUCAAACCAAGCAAAUUUAGUUUUUGUUUAAUAAAAAACCUUUAACGACUCAAAUCUUUAACAUUAUUACAUCCAUUUUAUUGAGUACAGUGCAUUUCAGAGCACAUGAACUGAGGAUGACAACUACUGAAGUUGCAUAUACAGAAAAUAUCAAAUAUCAUAUUACACAAAAUGGAGACCAGCAAAAUAAAAAAUUUGACUUAUAUGCUUCUCUGCAUUCAGAGCAUAUUCAGAAGAACCUGAGGAAGAGCAUACAACAGCAUGGACAAAAGUGAAUAAAUAUCAAAUAGCACAAAAUAAAGACCUACAUUUUUACUGCAUUAAGAAACCAAGGAGGACUACAACAAAAUAAGCUUUCAUUUUUCAAAAUAAAAGUCAUGUCAAACAUCAGAUGGGCAUUAAAUAUUUACUUUUUUGACCAGCUGUUCGCGACCCAUCCAGAACGUGGCUGCGACCCACUUUUGGGUCAGGACCCACCAGUUGAGAACCACUAUUUUAAAACACACUAUCAGGAAAUAGUAAAAAGCAUUUCAAAUGUUCUUCCUAUUUGAUUUACCCGGAAACACUGACAUUAGAUACCCUCAUUAUACCGAAAAGAUGCACCACAUAAACUUCACUGGAUCCCCCAGCGAAGAUGCUCUGCUCCUGCCAGAGAAGACUGCGGAUGGUCGAGUUUUAUCUCCCCAUCUGUUUGUUUGAAUUUACUGCCCCACACCAAGUGUGGAUUUAUGCAGCAAGUUUUCACUAAAAACACACACGUUUAUUUUGCUAAUGAGGGGGCGCAAUUACUUGGGUGGCAUCCAUUUGGAUGAUGGUUUAGUAUUUUGCUGUGCUGGCCAACAGAUGCGCGCCUGCAUGAUGCAAUUAUGCACAGGUUGCCAGAAUUUAGUUUAUAGGCAGAGGAGAAGUUAUCUAUUUACGUUAGAUUCAAGAGCUGUGUGUUUUAUGAGCUCGCUUGUUAGUGCCAGAAAAUUUUUAUGUUUUAGACCCAAAAUGCAUACACAUAAUAAUUUACUGUUUUUUUUCUUUACAAGGAGCUCCUUCUCUCUUAUGAGAUAGAUAUUUUAUGACACUGUAAGUUAUUUAUGUGUUACAUCAUUUGACGCAGGGAUUGAUGGGUAAUAAUCAAACACUGUUCACUUAUUUGAAAUGUAAACUGUCUUGAUUCUGAUUUAAGUUUCUGACUCUUCAUAUUAUUUCUGACCUAAAAUAUAAAAAAAUACUCAAGUUUUUGCUAGAACAGCUGCUGGAGUAAUUGUCAAGCACUUGCUGACUUUUUAUUAUUAUUAUUUUUUUUUCAGAGGCAGACUCCACUGCUAAAAGGCCGAGAACAACCAUCACAGCCAAACAGCUGGAAACGCUAAAGAACGCGUACAAUAACUCUCCAAAACCCGCCCGCCACGUCCGAGAACAGCUCUCAUCAGAGACGGGCCUGGAUAUGAGGGUUGUUCAGGUAAAGUACAGUAUAUUAUUAUCCAUUAAGGGCUAUUCCAUUAGUGUCCUGACUGCAUUAUCAAAGGGACAAUUGUGGCUGGACUGGCACAAGCCCCCUGUGGGAAGAAGCGAGUGUGUGUGUGUGUAGGUUGGGGUGGAAUUUACGGCUAGAAGGAGUAAAAUGAAGUCCACAUGAAAGUCAGCACAGUUUAAGUGCGAGCUCGUUAACAAUGCUAAGAGGGGCCCCUCACAUAUUGUCUGCUGCUGAGGAGGAGCCGCACGCCGGUCGCUGAGGGUGCUGGGUGCUGCUGGUCAUAUAUAUUGUUUUAUUUGCAAGGACAAAGUAGAGACGGAAGCCACUAAAAUGCUGCUCAUUAUUCAGAGAAAGGGACGGGGUGAAGAGGGUUCACUAAGGGCGGAAUAUCAUUAAGGAGAAUGUAAAACUGCUGCUUGUGCUCGAAGGGAAUGAAUUAAUAUUGAGGGUAUGAUGGAAUUAAUGAAAAACAGGACGUUCAUUUUUCUGCAUUUGAAAGCAGGGAGGUUACAAACUAUUUAUGUUUACAGCUUUCUAUUGUGUUUGCGUUUUCUUGAGUGCAAACAUAAAUUCAUAGAUCAGAUCCAAAAAAAAGUAGAGGAGAAAAUAUGAAUAAUUUAGAGCUGAAGCUACGUGAACCAGUCUGCUCCCGAGGUGAGGACUACUUGUAGCUGUCAGGAAGUUAAUAAAAAUGUGAGAUAAAUCAGGUGCAAAAGGACGCUGGACCCAAGAUUACAGGUCAGUGUCAGUGUUUGAGUGUCUUACUUUGAGUAAGCCGUGUCCAGACAGUCCUUGAGAAUUAAUUUAGUUUUAAUCCUUAAAAGCGUAAUAUGUGCAGAAAGGGGAUGAAGUGGACUUUGAGUGGAGUGUAUGAUGACUUUAAAACAUCAUGAGCAACUUGUAAAGUUUUAGUCCUCAAGAUCAAAAGGAUAACAUAGAUUAGACGUGUAAAUUGAAUUGGUUUAGAUUAGAAAGUAUUUGACUGUUUUCAACAAAUCAAGAUAUGAAAGACUGAUUUUUCUUGUGGUAGAUUUCAAACAUUGUGCAAAAUAUCUGACAUGUCGUCUUUCAAUCCUUCAGGUUUGGUUCCAGAACAGGCGAGCCAAAGAGAAAAGGCUAAAGAAAGACGCCGGGCGACAGAGGUGGGGGCAGUACUUCCGCAACAUGAAGAGAUCACGAGGAAGCUCCAAAUCUGACAAGGACAGCAUCCAGGAAGAGGGCAUGGACAGUGAUGCCGAAGUGUCCUUUACAGGUAAAAGGCCAGCACACGACAUGAAGACAGUAUACGCAUGAACAAUGGCUCGUUUCUAUUCGUGUGUCGCAGACACAGCACUGUGAACCAGCAUGCACAGUACCAGGGUAUGAAACAGAAACAGAAAAAUGGGAGGCGGUCAGAAGUACCUUCACUGAUUACUCUAAAAGGACUAAAAAUAUGAACAAAUAAAGAUAUGUGUUGUGUUGUGUGUCAUAAACAGGAAUUACGUAAUAAUUUUACAACAGCUCAGGUUUUUUUUAAAGAAAAGCCAGUAGUGUUGAAUGGUGCUAAAGAACUGAAAUCCAUCAACUGUUGACGAAAUGUUCACAUAUCAUUUAUCAGUGUAAAAACAGGGGGUAGUACUGACUUGUUCCAUAUUUAUGUAUAUCAUUUGGGGAAUAAACUUAAAAAGAGUAGAAAUCGCAUAGACCAGAGAAAACAAAUUCUAUCUCCUUAUGCAAAGAAAAACUGAGCAUUUUUACAAAUCCCCUUUAAAAUAUUCUAGUCUCAAUUUCUUAUUUUCCACCUGUACUUGAUUCACACUUACAACUUCUCUUAAGGAAAUUCCAAGUAUUUUUAUUAGAUGGAGAGUGGUAUGUAAGAAAAAUGGAGGAGUUAGUGUAAUGACUUUGUUGAAAAUUACAGGUUAACAGGGGCGGAUCUGAGGGUAAGUCAGGGGUGUCCAUGGCCCACCAGAAUUUUUAAUUAUAGUAGCUUGCAUCAAUAUUACAGGUGGAAAUAGAAAACGUAAAUAAAUGCUCAUUGAUUUUCAUUUAUGUAAAUGAGUCAGUGGCCGACCCCUGUCAAAAUAAAAUCUGAGUCCACCCCUGCGGUCGAGUCGGACCAACAAAGAUCAUAUUUUGUCUUCCCAUCCUAGGUUGGGUCUUGAGUGUGGUCUUGACCUGCUCUUUUUGGAAAGCGUCCUGGGAUGACGACUGUUGUGAAUUGGCGCUAUAUAAAUAAAAUUUGAUUGAUUGAUGGUCUUCUCUGUCCUCGUUGCACAGAUGAACCACCCAUGUCCGAGCUCGGCCUCUCAAACGGCAUCUACAACAGCCUGAGCGAGUCCUCGCCAGCCAUGGGCGGCCGCCAAGGGGGCAAUAACCAUGGCUCCUUCCCCCUGGAGCAUGGCGUGCUACCGUCCCAGGAUCAGUUCCAUGACAUCCGAUCCAACAGCCCCUAUGGCAUCCCUCAGUCUCCUGGGUCCCUGCAGGCGCUUCCCAGACACCAGCCUCUCAUCUCCAGCCUGGUAUACCCCGAAUCGGGCCUGUCAAUCAUGACCCAGGGUGGCGGACCCGGGAUCAACCCUGCUGUGAGAGUCUCCAUGGGGGCAGCUAACGGCCCCAGCUCUGACCUGUCCACUGGCAGUAGCGGAGGGUACCCAGACUUUCCUGCCAGUCCUGCAUCCUGGUUAGAUGAAGUCGACCACGGGCAAUUUUAACCAGUCGACGAAAAGAAGUUGGACUUUUUUUCCUUUUUUGUGUCUUCUUUUGGAUUUUAGGACUUGAGAAACAGUCAAACGGGACAGCUAAGGUGUAAUGGACUAGGCAUACCUUGAAUCCCACCAAUAUCUGAUAAACAGGUUCAUUAUUUAUGAGGUCUGGAUGGAGGCUAAGUCCAUCGCUUAAAGCACUUGGCCUAAUAAUUGUCCUUCUUUAGAAAGCUGUAUUCAAAGCAAGAAACCUGUCAAAAAUAUUACUUUUAAAAAGCGCUUUCAGGACAUUUUAGAGACUGACAGACUCAAAGUUUGGAAGUUUAUGUUUUUGGACUUUCACUAACACACUCCCUGUUUCUUCAUUGGCUUUUUUUUUUUCUACACUGUGUUCAGGAGCAGAGAAACGUUCUCAAAAUGUCUGGUGGUUGCCAAAUGUCUAUAUAUAAAUAUAAAUAUAAUGGUUUAUCAUUGUGGAGACUUUAUUUUUAUACAACGCCUUUCUUGGACACAAAGGAGAAACCCAGAUACGAGGACUUUGUACAUUCUUAAACAGGGAUAUAGACAUAAAUGUAGAUGUUGUCUUAAAUGGUACCUAGGGGUCCAAUUACUUCUAUGCAUUUGUGUGUUUCUCAGAUGUAUCUUGUUCGUUUUGUUCUGCCUAAAAAACAACCCCAGAGGAAAAAUAAGCUGUAGAGUUUGGGGUGUGGUGUAUAUGUUUGUUUAUGUGGGAAAUGUUUUAUGUCUUAUUUAUUCCUUCUGGUAAUGAUGAUG